AUGGAGCGGGACGAACGGCCGCCUAGCGGAGGGGGAGGCGGCGGGGGCUCGGCGGGGUUCCUGGAGCCGCCCGCCGCGCUCCCUCCGCCGCCGCGCAACGGCUUUUGUCAGGACGAAUUGGCAGAGCUCGACUCAAGCACUAUUUCUGUUCCAGAUGAUCGCGCUGAACAACGAACCUGUCUCAUUUGUGGGGACCGUGCCACAGGCUUACACUAUGGAAUCAUCUCCUGUGAGGGCUGCAAAGGGUUUUUCAAGCGGAGCAUUUGCAACAAGCGGGUAUAUCGAUGCAGUCGUGACAAGAACUGUGUCAUGUCUCGGAAGCAGAGGAACAGGUGCCAGUACUGCCGCCUGCUCAAAUGCCUCCAGAUGGGGAUGAACCGGAAGGCAAUCAGAGAAGAUGGCAUGCCCGGAGGCCGGAAUAAGAGCAUUGGGCCAGUCCAGAUAUCAGAGGAGGAGAUCGAAAGGAUUAUGUCUGGGCAAGAAUUUGAGGAAGAGGCCAAUCAUUGGAGCAACCAUGGUGACAGCGACCACAGUUCCCCUGGGAACAGGGCUUCAGAGAGCAACCAGCCCUCACCCGGCUCUACACUCUCCUCCAGCAGGUCUGUGGAAUUAAAUGGAUUCGUGGCAUUCAGGGAUCAGUACAUGGGGAUGUCUGUGCCUCCACACUAUCAAUAUAUACCGCACCUUUUUAGCUAUUCUGCCCACUCGCCACUUCUGCCCCCACAAGCUCGAAGCCUGGAUCCCCAGUCAUACAGUCUGAUUCAUCAGCUGGUGUCAGCCGAGGACCUGGAGCCAUUGGGCACGCCCAUGUUGAUUGAAGAUGGAUAUGCUGUGACUCAGGCAGAGCUGUUCGCCCUGCUUUGCCGCCUGGCUGACGAGCUGCUUUUUAGGCAGAUUGCCUGGAUCAAGAAACUGCCUUUCUUCUGCGAGCUCUCAAUCAAGGAUUACACGUGCCUCCUGAGCUCUACGUGGCAGGAGUUAAUCCUGCUCUCCUCCCUCACUGUUUACAGCAAGCAGAUCUUUGGGGAGCUGGCUGAUGUCACUGCCAAGUACUCGCCCUCAGAUGAAGAACUACACAGAUUUAGUGAUGAAGGGAUGGAGGUGAUUGAGCGGCUCAUCUACCUGUAUCACAAGUUCCAUCAGCUAAAAGUCAGCAAUGAGGAGUAUGCUUGCAUGAAAGCAAUUAACUUCCUAAAUCAAGAUAUCAGGGGUCUGACCAGUGCCUCGCAGCUGGAACAGUUGAACAAACGAUAUUGGUACAUUUGCCAGGAUUUCACUGAAUAUAAAUAUACACAUCAACCGAACCGAUUUCCUGACCUCAUGAUGUGCUUACCUGAGAUUCGCUAUAUUGCAGGAAAGAUGGUGAAUGUUCCCCUGGAGCAGCUGCCUCUCCUUUUUAAGGUGGUGCUGCAUUCCUGCAAGACAAGUGUGGGCAAGGAGUGA